AUGAGUGAUAAGCAGGGCGUGCCAACUUUGCCGCCCCUAACUGGGGGUGGAAAUAACAAUGGGGGAAGCAGUUCUAGCAGCGGAACUCAGCAGCAAACAGUUAACUUGCAGCAAGUAUUGGCAAGCCAAGGUCUCAAUGUUCUCACUACCGGAGCUGGACAGCAAUUUGUCAUCGCAUCCUCAGUUCCUGGUCUUUCUCAGGUCAUACAAAGUGGCGCGACAACGACGGCUGGAUUACAACAAGUCACGCGUAUUGUCAACAUCAGCAACAUGUCAAGUGGUUCGCCUUUGGGAUCUCCCAACCGGCAGAACACGACGAAAGUUGUACUUGCGACAUCACCGAAACUCGUGAGAACCUCCCUCGGAAAUAUGUUUCUGACGCCGACUUCUCAAAUAACGUCGUCGCCGCCGGCCAAAAAGCUUAAAUUAUCAGAGACCUCGGAGAAGCCGACGCUGCUUGAUGACACCAACGGUUACCGUCGUAGGAUAAUGGAACAUAAAUUCAAAAGAAUGCGCGCGAUUCGCGAGAAAUACGCAGAGAACGUGUCUGAGCUUUACUUUCUCCACGCCGGCGGUAACAUCAUGGACUUCCAGGCGUGGAAGAAAAAGCAACCGACGGCCUCGUACCUCCAGUUCUUGCGACAGCACCGUCUAGAUCCUGACGACGAGAACGAAGACCUUACGACCCCACUACCUGUAUUUACAAAUCCCGCGGUAUCGACAGUGACGACUCUCAGCACGUCAAAUGCGACUUCGAGUCAAGGGGUCGAAGUUAAGCUCGCGGGAGUUGGGGUUACUCCUGUAGCAGUUUCCACGACCUUACCUGCAACCGUUGCCCAGCUUAGUCAGCAAGUAGGACAGAUACCAGGUAGGACUCAAGGGGGCCGACAUGGAAUGGUAUUUGCCAUCCGAGCGGCUAUUCAAUCUCCAACAAUGAACGUUCACCCUUCACCCACGUCUACUCUAGCACCCACAUUCAUUAUAGUUCCAGAUUCAUCAAAACCGGCGGUUAUGGCUACAAAUCCUUCUGCAAAUAUAGCGAAUAAACAGCCUGCGGCCUCAACUUCCAUCAAAACAAUACCACCUACGACAACAGUAGCAACCACUACGGUAGCUAAUACUGUGACUUCAGCGUCACCUCCUACGUCGUCGGGUCAACCUGUUGUUAAACUUGUUAAAAUGCCUGCAAAUUCUCCUUCUUCAUGUGAUAGUCAAAAUAAUGAGCAAAUUGCAGAGAAAGCUAAACAAGAAGCUUAUGUAAUGCAAAGAAUAAAUGAACUACAACGUGAGGGUCUUUGGUCGGAAAAGCGACUGCCAAAGGUACAAGAGCCUCCGAGAACAAAAGCGCACUGGGAUUAUCUACUGGAAGAAAUGGUCUGGCUGUCUACUGAUUUUGCGCAAGAGCGUAAAUGGAAAAAAGCUGCGGCUAAAAAGUGUGCGAGAAUGGUACAAAAACACUUUUUGGAGAAAGAAGCUCAAGCUCAAAAGGCUGAAAAAAUGCAAGAACACAAGCUCAAAAAAAUGGCCGGUGUUAUCGCCAAGGAAGUAAAAACCUUUUGGGCUAAUGUUGAAAAACUUGUGGAGUUCAAACAGCAGACGAGACUGGAUGAGAAAAGAAAAAAAGUACUCGAUCAACGGUUGAACUUUAUGGUCGGGCAAACUGAAAAAUUUUCAACGUGGCUUACAGAAGGCCUCAAUAAAACCGAAGGCACUAUGAGUAUUUCAGCUUCCAAAAAUAGUUCGAGGAUAUCGUCACCUUUACCCACGCAAAAACAACACUCAGAUGAUGAGUUUGAGCCUAAUCAAAGUUCUGAAGAUGACGAAGAAACGAUAGCUAAAGCCGAGGAAGAAAUGAAAUCAAAUCACAAAGAGGAAGUUGAGUUACUUAAAAAAGAAUCAGAAAUACCCUUGGAAGAUUUACUCAAAGAAUUACCACCAAAUUAUCUCGAAGAGAGGGAUAAAAGUUUAUCUCCGUCUCCAGAAGAUUCGAUUAAUGUUCAAGAAGAAGAAGAAAAUAAUACGGAUGCCGAUGCUGAAUUUACUGUCGCUUCAGAAGAGUCUUCGGACGAUGAGAACACUAUUAUGGAGCAAGAGGAAGCUGAAGGCAAUUCCGUUGAUCAUCGGCAAGAGCUGGACGAUCUUAAAGCUGAAAAUGAUAUGUCUAUCGAUGAGUUGAUGGCCAAGUACGGAAAUAUGUCGGGAACUAUGGAAGUCGACGAAGACAGUGAGCAUGAAUCUGGUAAAGAGUCUGACAAGGAUGAUGAUAAAGAAGACGAUGAAGAAGAAGCUGAAGCCGAAGUUGAAGCUGAGGCAGAAGCUGACGAUAAAUCUGAGAGUGAGAAUGAAAGCGAGGAUGAAACUAAAGAAGAUGAUGAGGAUUCGCAUAGUCAGAGUGAUGAUGAAACUGAUGUUGGUUUGAAAUCAUUGUUAGAAGAUCUGGAUGAUAAAUCGUUAAAUAAAAAUCCGAAUGAGUCACAGUCUGAAGCACACAAUGAAAUGGACGACGCUGCCGCUUUGGCUGAAAGUAUUCAACCUAAAGGAAACACACUUCUGACUACAAGUGUUGUGACUAAAAUUCCGUUCCUCUUGAAACACUCGCUCCGUGAAUACCAACACAUAGGCCUUGAUUGGCUGGUAACAAUGUUUGAGCGAAAAUUAAAUGGAAUAUUAGCCGAUGAAAUGGGUCUCGGUAAAACAAUUCAAACAAUAGCAUUGUUGGCCCACCUUGCAUGUGAAAAGGGCAAUUGGGGACCUCAUUUGAUAAUUGUACCUACAUCUGUGAUGCUAAAUUGGGAAAUGGAGUGCAAAAAAUGGUGUCCGGGUUUUAAAAUUCUCACUUACUACGGAACUCAAAAAGAACGUAAGCAAAAGCGAACCGGUUGGACAAAGCCAAAUGCAUUUCACAUCUGUAUAACGUCUUAUAAGCUGGUUAUUCAGGACCAUCAGAGUUUCCGUCGAAAGAAGUGGAAAUAUUUAAUUUUAGAUGAAGCUCAAAAUAUUAAAAAUUUCAAAUCACAACGAUGGCAGCUUCUUUUAAAUUUUCAAACUCAGAGACGUUUAUUGUUAACGGGUACACCCUUACAAAACAAUCUUAUGGAACUCUGGUCGCUCAUGCAUUUUCUUAUGCCCAAUGUAUUUCAAUCUCACCGUGAAUUCAAAGAAUGGUUCAGUAAUCCUGUUACCGGCAUGAUCGAAGGAAACAGUGAAUACAACGAAAAUAUUAUUCGUCGACUUCAUAAGGUUUUACGUCCAUUCUUACUUCGAAGAUUGAAAACCGAAGUAGAAAAACAAUUACCAAAGAAAUAUGAGCACGUAAUAAUGUGCCGUUUAUCAAAACGUCAAAGAUUUUUGUACGAUGAUUUUAUGUCACGUGCUAAAACAAGAGAAACUUUGGCCAGCGGUAAUUUGUUGAGCGUUAUCAAUGUGCUGAUGCAAUUACGUAAAGUGUGUAACCAUCCGAAUUUAUUUGAAGUAAGACCGACUGUAUCGCCCUUUCAAAUGGAAGCUAUUGACUUUGUCACAGCUUCGUUGGUGUGGAAUGUACUUGAUUACGAUCCUUUUAAGCACAUCGAUUUGUCGAUUUUAAAUUUGAAUCUAUUAAAAUUAGAGCGGACGAUCACCGCGUUUGUGUCACACAGAGUGCGUCGCUUCCAAACACCACGUAAACUGAUUGAAGAAAUAGAUAGCCAACCACCGCCACCACCGCGUUGUCCAGCUGGAAAAAUAAAAAUAACUGUAAGACUGUCAAAUCAAGUUAAACCGCCACCGGUAACCCCACAGCAAAUAACGCAAGCUAAAAUUAAAAGUUUGACUGGUAUUUUACCAACACCACGAGUGGGUACGUCGCCGCUGAUUAAAACUCUUAAUAACCAACCCACUGGGCAAGGUGUAACACUACGUGUUGCCGGUGGUCAGCAACUUCAGGGUUACGUCCAGCUUGUCCAACACCAAGGCAACGUCAAAGCAAUUCCCAUGGCUGCAAUACCGCACAACUCUCAAACAACAUCAUCUAGUACGGGUACUCCGGCAACAAUUAACGCUCAGAAAAUAGCUGUGAGCAGCCCAAAUAUUCGUGAUGGUUUACAGAGAUUAACGCAAACUGUCACAUUCAAACAGGGUGACUCUGUACAGAGGAUACCUAUGUCCAGUUUUGCUCAAUUGGUUCAAACGUCAACCGGAAGGCAUAUUAUCCUUCAUUCCAGUCAACAAACUACUAACACCGUUUCUUUUCCUGUAAUGACAUCGAGUGGCCAAAGACUAACAGUCCUUUCACCAAAAUUCACCCCAGUGACUAAAGUUGUUGGCGGUGUGGUAACAACAUCAGCAAAUACAGUCGGAGGUCGGCCUGUAAUGCGAGUACCACCAUUGAAUGUUUCAACGACAGUAGCUUCGGCAAUGGCAUCGCCGCCGCAACCACAAAUACGCAGCAUAGUAACUCGAGGUGCUAGCAUCGUAACAACUGGUGGUGUCACUAGCGCAAACAACAGCAGCAAUGCCAAUGGCACUGCACAACAAAAAGAAGUGGUUAAAAAACGAAAAGAAAGUCCUAAAUCUGACUUUUACGUGGCGCAACUCGAAGAAGAUCGGCGACAAAGGCGGCAAGCUAAGUUGCGUACCAUAGCGAACAUUAACGAGCGUAAAUGCGCAGCGUGUCCUUUGUACGGUGAAGACCUUUUCACAGCGUUGAGAAUUGACAAACCAGCCUCGGGUUGUCAGUGGCACAACGGCUGGUUGAAUUGUACGAAUGCCAAGCAACCAGCACGGACACGUCGUCAAUAUUUCUCCCGUACAGAAGCUCUUGCUCAAGCGAUAAAAUCAACAGAACAAAUAGUCGAAGAGUUGAAGGAAGUGUUUGAGCGUUUCGUCUGUUAUGUACCAGCAGUAAGAGCUCCUAUGCCGCGUUUCCACGUUUCUCAUCCAGCACCGAGUAAAUUAUGGCAACAUCAACGCAUGCAGAUGGUCCUUCAGCGGCGAUUAACACCUAAAUGUGCAGUACUCCAUCCUAUAAGUAGCGCGAUGAUGACACAAUUUCCCGAUCCACGACUUAUACAGUAUGAUUGUGGUAAAUUGCAAUCAUUAGAUCGUUUAUUGAGAAAAUUAAAGAGUGGAAGUCAUCGUGUGCUGAUAUUUACACAAAUGACUAGAAUGUUGGAUGUACUUGAGGCAUUUCUUAAUUAUCACGGUCAUAUUUAUUUAAGAUUAGACGGUACAACACGCGUUGAUCAGCGUCAAUUUCUCAUGGAAAGAUUCAACGGUGAUAAACGUAUAUUUUGUUUCAUACUAUCGACGAGAUCGGGUGGUGUUGGUGUCAAUCUUACUGGAGCUGACACAGUUAUAUUCUACGACAGCGAUUGGAAUCCUACUAUGGACGCUCAGGCGCAAGAUCGUUGUCAUAGGAUCGGACAGACUCGAGAUGUUCACAUUUACCGACUUGUUAGCGAAAAGACUGUUGAAGAAAAUAUUCUCAAAAAGGCCAAUCAAAAGAGAUUACUCGGUGAUCUAGCUAUUGAAGGUGGUAAUUUCACUACUGCGUACUUCAAGAGUUCGACAAUCCAGGACCUCUUUAAUAUUGAUCAGACUGAAAAUGAUGCGUCGGCACGUAUGGCUGAUAUCGUUGAACAAAAAAGAGAACGUGACAAGUCACUGUUGAAAGAAGUCUCGUCUUGUUCGAGUAGUAAUAGUGCUAAUAAUAGUAAUGCUGUAACACCGGUUGUCGAAGAAAAGGUAGCGAUGGGGGCUUUGGAGAGUGCACUCGCCGCUGCUGAGGAAGAUCUCGAUGUGUUGGCUGCGAAAACUGCCAAGGCUGAAGCUGUUGCCGAUCUUGCUGAGUUUGAUGAAAAUAUUCCGUUGGACGAUGCUGAUCGGGAGGACACGCAAAUCAGUAAAGCUGAACAAGAAGUUCAGAAUUUGAUUUCACAGCUAACACCAGUGGAACGAUACGCGAUGAAAUUCGUCGAAGAAACCGAAGGUACAUUUUCAGCAGCCCAAUUAGCAGCAGCAGAACGCGAACUGGAGGAACAGAAAAAAGAAUGGGAGUUGGACCGACUACGUGCUCUACGCGAGGAAGAAGAACGACGAAUGAGGAUGGCUGAUGACGACGAUAAGCCAUUGACAUUCAGCCGCGAGGAUGCUCAGAAUCAGGUUAAUAGUAAUAAUAAUUCUAAGAGAGUAGAAAAAAGCGAGGUGGGUUCUGUUGAAGAAAUAAUUAAAUCGGAUGUUGAUGACAAAAUGUCUGAUGUUACGGGCUCUAUGAUAAUGGACAUGUCUGAGUCUAAUGAUGAGAGUGACAACAAGCAGGAGGAAUUAACAUCCGAGGUGUCGAAUAAAACAACUCCCCGUGAAUCUUCGUGUCCCGAGUCGCCAAAAUUAAAUAGUGAUACGUUAGAAGAAUGUAAAGUUCCGUGCGACGAAAGUAAACGCACUCGCUCAAGUCGUAAUAACGCUAAAAAAUUAUCAGAUGAUACGAUUGCUAAAUUUGAAAUUACAGAAGAGGUGAAUCAUGUGACGCGGUCCCAUAAACCUGAAUUUAAAGACAUUCAUGAAGACACCGAGAAUUUGGACGUUAAUGUCGGUUCGCCAAAUAACAGGAUCAAUACGUCACCGAUGACCGUCAACGAUGUGGUGGAUGAUGAGUACUGUAUCAUAAGUAACAAAGAAAAAUCAGGAGAUGAUUCUUCAGCGGAUUCUUCGUGCACGGAUGUGAAUGCUGAACCGAAGAUAGAGACGAUUAUUCUGAGAAAAACGCGAACAAGAUCUUCGUUGAGCAACGUACCUUUGAGCAGUCGAACUCGUCGCGCUUCGAAGAUCCACAAAUCAGAGGAGAUUAUUGACGUUGAAGCUAAAGAGAUAAAGCAAGAGUCGAUAGACGGCGUUGAGGAGGAAAAAAGUCAACUUGAGAAAACCAGCUGGCCGAAAGUUUGCGUUGAGAAUAUUCUGUUGGAUGAAUCCGUGCCAAUUGAGGCAACUAUUUUGCCUCCCGUUGAACCGACCGUCUUAAAGCCGCAGAACUCUGACGAUAAAACCUCUGAGUCGCCGCCGAAUCCUAAUCUUACUCUGCGAUUAAAAAUAACUCGUCCAGAUACUCCAUUUCCGCGUAUUUUAAGACGCCGGACCAAAGCUCACUCGCCGUUUGCAGAACCACUGGCUCCUGUGUCCGACGAGUCCAGAAAAGCUCGGAAAAGUUUAGAAAAAAAAAUAGUCAAAAAAUCUUCCGAAUCUGAGUCAGCGCCCGAAGAAGAGAAAAAACCCGAAGGACGCAAGAGUCCUAUAUUAAUUUUAUCAGACAUUAAAUUAAAAUUACCAAUUCCAAAAUCUCCUCAACCUCCACCACAAUUACAACCAGAAACUUCCACUUCAUCGUCAUCGCGAGUGACGCGUUCAUCAAUGGUUCUAGAUUCUCCUAUUGUGGUGAUCAAAGAGCGCUCGUCUUCAGAUAGACCUACCACACGGUCUCAGGGCAACAUGGACAAUGGGUUUUUAUUGCCGACUCAGAUAAAUCGCAAAUCUCGGGGUAAUUCACAGCCCAAAGUAUUAGCAACAACUCCAGAGUCAAAAUCAAAAUUAAAUGACAAUGUUAAUACGCUUGCCGUUACUCCGAAGCGGAGGCCUGAUACACCAGUUCCUAAAAAAUCAUCACGCAUCACCAGAUCAGGAGAUUCUAUUUUAUUUACUAACUACAAUUUGAACGCUAAUUUAUCUAGCAAAAAUAACAAGACGCGUCGCACUUCUACUUGUCCAGAAAAAAAUGAAGAUGUCAAUGCACGCACACCGUCGCCGGAGAAUAUUUCUACCAAAAAAGACUCCCUGGAUACAGAUUCAAAUGGUAAUGCUGUUAAUAAUGAUUCUUUUACGAAUAAAGAUAAAGACGCUGCGACUCCCGUUGACAAUGAGCGCCCGCAAAGAACAGCCAAAGUUGUUGCCAUGAUAACUCUGGACACUCAUUCAAGGAUAAAUCACAACAAAACGAGUCCCCAUAACUCGUCAAGUAAAAAAAGCGAGGAAAAACGGGACUGCGAGGUGAUCUGUAUGGAAGAUCCGGUGGGCAUUAAAGUCAGAUCAAGAAGCAGUAAAUUAAUUUCCUCGGCAUCGUCGUCGUCGUCAUCACCUGUUGAAACUGUCUCAUUAAACGAUGAAAGCGAGUCGGAAAGCGACACUGAGUUAAGAGAUAAAAGAUUGCGUAGUAAAAGUAUAAAAAGAUCACAAAGACUCAUUAAAUCAGGGUUAAAAAAUAAAUUUAAUGACAUACAAAUUUCAGACGCCGCGGAUGAUGACGAAUUAGGGCCUAAUAAAAAAAUAAUAAAACUUAGUUCUGUUGAUACUAAGCUUAACCGUCAGGUGUGGUUAUCUGACAAUACGAUGGAACAAAUGCCGAUGUGGUGUCCUCCAACACCUCCAACUUCGGAUAACGACGUGUACGUGGAUUACUCCCUAGGAUUUUUGUACGAGAACACACCGAUGACUGAAGCGCAAUUGCCGCCAGUGUAUGUGAAAAAAGAGCUGAAGCGAAGUCGGACCGAGACGACGCCGGCGGAAAGAGAUGGACGACGUCCCGCUAAAAUACGUCAUAAAGAUGAUUCUUCAUUUGCUCCGAGGUCGCUAUUUGACCGCCCGACUCCUGCGUUGCUCAAAGCACGCCGUGACAUGAAGCUCCACAAACACAGAGGAAUUCGGCCGCCGAUAACGAUCCCGGGGGUCAAGCCUACAGUUCUCAAGGCAAUUGAACCCGAGCCAAUGCUAGACUGGUUGGUCCAUGAAGAUUGGGCACUGCUUCAGGCGCUCCAGGUCUAUCAGGGCUUGUCGCUCAAUCUGAUGGUCAUUUCGCCGGCUCACACGCCUAAUUGGGAUCUGGUUGCUGACAUUGUUAACAAUAUUUCGAGGAUCUAUAGGUCACCCAAACAGUGUCGGUAUCGGUAUGAGUCUGUUAUUGUUCCGAGGGAAGAGGGCAAAAUUAUGUAUGACACUACUCCUAAGAAACAAAAGAAACAGAAAGGAGUUAUGAAAUUGCCACAUGUUGUUGAGCAGCACAGCAAAACGAAUCGCCCGAUGCGUACAAGCCAGCUUUAUGAUCACGAUAAAAACAACUCAUUUACAUUGAUGUGUAUUCAGCGUCUCGAUACUAUUAAAAUGUUGAUGGGAAAAAAAGGCCCGGGGACUACAAAAUCCCUGAUAGUUAGUAAUCCGACAGCGACAAAUCCAAAGCAUGCAGCCGUAUUAGCUGAUCACGGUGUUCAAUAUGAUAAUCCUAUGUCACCACUUGAUGUUGCAAUACGUCGAGCUGACAGGAUUAACAAAGAAAAAAAUAAAAAUACUAAUAUAUUAACACCUGACCAGCAAACGGCAGCGCGAUUAGCUCAACAGCAGCAAGCUCAAGCCCAAGCUCAAGCUCAAGCUCAAGCUCAAUUGCAACAAGUGCAGCAAUCUCAAGCAAAUCCGCAAGUCCAGACUCAACAGAUUCACAUAAAUUCGCAACAACAACAAAUUGUCCAGCAAGUGGCGACUAUAAAUACAACAACUUCACAAUUGCAGUCGCAAAUAGUUUCUGUGACCACAGCGGGGCCUACAGUUAAAACCACCAGUGUGACCAGUGCAGUAACCAGCGGCACUUCAGUGGUGACAGCUUUAAAAGUCCGUCAAGGCACUUUGCCGAUCCAAGAUGUAAGAUCUAACACAGCUGUUGUGAGUGUAGCGAAUCUCCAACCUGGCCAGCGGAUUCCUACAGCUAGCCUUGUGUCUGUAGCACAGUCGGGUGCUCAGAAAGGGAUCGUGAGUGUCACGAUGGCUGCACCACCGGGCGCUAAGCCGCUGACUCCUAGCCAGUUGCAGUAUUACGCUCGGCAGCAGCAAUUGUUGGUUCGCCAGCCAUAUAGUGUAGCUAAUCAGCAACAACUUAAAGCUCUGCAAGCAGCAGCCAGUGGGCAGAAGGUUUCUGUCUCGGUCGCAGGAACUCCUCAGCAGCGAGCUACUCUGAUGAAACAGAGCGUCGUUGGGAACACUGUCGCUCAAGUAGCCGUCGGAAAAUCUAUCUCACGAGUACCGGAGGCAGAUAUGGCUAUGAUUAAGCGACAAGUUGCGUUGCAGCAGGGAAAAGCUGUCGUGCAGAUGUCGUCGCCCUCGGGACUGACUCCGCAUCAAAUACUCACGCAAGCUGGCCUUCAUGCACAACAGUCUGGAACCUCGACCAGUGCUACUGGUGUUGCUAAUCCAGUUGCUGGUGGUACUCCAGUUACUGCGGCACUUGUUAAAGCCAGUAUGGUUCGCGGUGCUCCGACUUCUCAGCAGCUUCGGCAAAUUGGUAUGCAUCCUAUGAUCAAUCCUAAAAGAUUGACGGGGCAAAAGGUGACUCAGCUUACGCAAAUUGCGGGAAAAGUUGGCGUACAGGCCCAGUUUAUUGUUCCUCCUAAGAAUACUAUGACGGUUCAACAAGUUUUCAAAAAUGUACAGCCCUCUGCGAUGCAACAAUUUGCUCAGGUAUCAGCGGGAACUGGUGUGACGCCUUCAGGACAAGUCGUUCUAACAAAGCCACCAAUGCAAACUCGCGUAAUUCCAGUGACAGUUGCGGGAUCAAAUGCAUUGAAACAAACAAUCCAGGUCGUUGCUGCAAGCAGUGCACAAUUAAGACAAUCGUUACCACAAGGUAAACCGAUUGUUACCACUGCGAGAGGUAGCCCAGGCCCCAGUCAAGUCAGACUGCAAAAUGUCGCACAUUCUAUGCUCCAACAACAGGUGCUCCAGCAGCAACAGCAACCACAACAACAGCAGCCUCAACCGUCUAAUAGUCAACAAGAUCCGUUAGCUAAAUAA